AGGAGCAGGAUAGAACCAGCAUGCAAAAAUGCACUUAUUCUCUCAUCCUUUCAUGUGCGCAGGCGCCCUUGGAGCAAAACCCGAUACCACAGACAACACAGUUUUGCUCGACGAACAGUUCAGUUGUAAUGCGGGUUGCUUAGGCUGCAGGGAUUUAUCGGCCGCGGUCCGUUCGUCCGGGAAGAUAGAUUGCAAUACAAAAAUUGUGCUCUAAAUAAUUUGCCAAAAUGACGGCUUUUCACCGCUAAAAAGUGUACAUCAUUAGCAGCAGCAGCAACAAUUUUCCCCGCAAAAGUUUUAUUCGUAGGCCUACUUGGAUGCAUCAAAACCAUCGAACGUGCGUCUACAUGUAUGUGUGUGUGUUUGUUGUGGGAAAUUCCUGAAGAAAAUUCCCAUGGCAAAAAAGCACAUCCAGUGAGAGGGGAGUGUGCGUGUACCGUGGAACGCGAAUCCCAUAAACGGAUUGGCCCCUUUCAGCUGAUCUUUCUGGUGGAUGCUGGUUGUUUAGGAAAAUGUGAUUUUUCCAACGGGAUGGAUCGAUGAAUGAAUAAAUGAAAAUGAAUGAAAUGUGUAUCAGUGUGUGUCUUGUGCAGCAAAACGAAAACGAACCGACGAGAUGGAACAAACGUGACAGUGCUCGGUUUCCGUUGCAGUAAUGUGUGGUGCCUCGUGCCCUCUGUACAUGUGCAUGAUUGUGUAUGUGUGUGCACACAGUUGAGAAAUGUGCGGUGGAAUGCCGGGAAACGGGAGUACAUCAGGUCUAUCAGUUCCAGUGUGUGCGGAUGUGUGGCAGUGGAAAUGUGCGUCAAAAGCAUCGACAAGAUGAAGCCAAUCGCGCGAUAAGUGAAACAAUGUGAAUGUGCGUGUGCGUGAAUGAAAUUUAAAAUAAAAGCUGUGAAAAUGUGAUAUUCUUUCCCGAGAAAAAGCACACAAAUUGAACGGCUUACGCGUAGUAAGUGUAUGUGUAGCUUAAUAUGUGCUGCUAGCUGUGAACCAUAAUCCCAUCAUCCCGUUCGAUGUUCGACUCCCUUUUCCUUUUGGAUACCAUGUGUGUAGAUUUGCGUACGAUGCAACGGCCAUUGCAAUGAACAUACCACCCUUAAACAAGCGCACUCCAACAUUGAAGUGCACUCGAUCGUAACAUAUUUUACAUGCUGCUGCCGAUCACACCUCGCACACAUUUUCCUUCUGAGUGCUCUCAACUUUAGUAACCAACGGAAGGACAUGAUUUUGAGGUCGUAAAGUUUGCCGAAAACAACCGCUGAAUGUCUGUGAUUUUAUUUUUUGUGGCAGAUCUGAAGAUAGCAUGUGCACUCGAAGUCAUUGCUAGCGGCACGAUAGACACUAUCUGUUUUCCAUCGAUGAAACUAGUAUUAUAAAAGUCCAAUCGCUUUCGAAUAAGAUAAUCCAUUUUUUCUGUGCCGUGAAAGUGCUAUUUGUACCACAGACACUACUUCAGAAUUGACUCAAUUCGCUUCUUCAAUGUCGCUUAUUUCGUUAACGGAAGGUUGUGAAUAAAGUGCAACGAAACCUACGUCACCACACAUACGGACGCGUCCUGUGUGUCUCCAUUCCAUAUCAUUCGGAUAAGAUCCAAUGUUUGCCACCUCCGCUACGCUGGCGAUAGCGGAACGACGCACGACGACGAUGGACCGAACGGAACAUUUGCUCGGCCUGAAGAAGCAUCGCAACAUGGCCACCGGGCUCGAUACGACCACAAUGGGUGCUUUGGCAACUAGCGGCAAGUUUAUGAUAUCGCACCUGCAGCCACACGAUCAACUACCGCACCUGCCGAAACCGGUAGAUCACUACCCGCAGCAGCACGGCCACAACAACGAACCUGUACUCGGUACGUACGACAGUGCGUCUUUGGCCACCAGCAAUCGGUACGGGCACAAUCUGCUACGCUUCGAUCCCGGUUCGAACCCUUCCUCACAAACGGGUUACUACGCCGACUAUCAUCACUCCUACCACCAGCCGUUACCGGCACGGCCAUACAGAGCACCCGGAGCGCAACACGCCCGAUCGCUACAUGACCCAACGACCAGGUCAGUGAGCGAACGACUGAACAACUGCGACUACCGGAGCGAACGAAACCGGGUCGCUCUGUACGGUGGGUACAGCGAACCGGACCGCGUUCGUGGCCCCGUUGGUGGUAUUCUAAAGAAUAACAUCACCACAAGUGGGAACUACCAUCAUCCGCUGCCACCAUCCACCCACAGACCACAUCCACUAAUUUACGACCUGAAGCAGUAUGAGCAGUAUAAUAACGCUCGUGACCCUUACCGUACUUCACACGGUGUCAAAAACACCAACAGCUCCGUCGACCAGAGCUACAACGUGAACUAUAGCCUAAACUUUACGAAAAAUCAGUACAACAUUCUCAUCUCUCCACCGCUCCAUCCGGAUCUUGGGCCACGAGUUGCGGUUCCUCCGUACGAGGAACAUCCCGCACCCGCAUCGACAAACCGUGCCACUUCGACCAGCGAUACCGCACGGUCAAAGCACCACAAUCACCGGGAACAUCCGUACCCGAAGUCCAAUCAGACGAAACCGAACGGUACUACGGUCAACUGUAACAAGCAGUCCGGUCGGCAACAGCACAACCAAACCAACCCCGGUGAACCGGGUGUGAUACUUUCGGAAAAGCAGUUACUAGCCCAGCAGGAGGAACUUGUAGGCAAGAUGCAGCGCGAAGAAAUCAUCAUCGAGCACAGUCAGCUGAUGGGAGGCGAUGGAACCGGUCCAGGUGCUAUCUUACAUCCCGGUCAAUUGCCGUACGAUCAGCGCCGGGGUGAUGCCACUUCCGGUGUCGGAUCGAAGGGUUCCGGUGCAUUCAGUGUACUGACGCAGGGACAUCAUUUUACACAGAUAAUUGCUGCACUAGCCGUUUCGUUGGGACCUCUAGCGGCCGGUCUAGGGAAGGGUUACUCCAGUCCCGCCAUUGACAAUCUACAGGAGCUUCAAAAUAUGAAACGUGGCAACUACACACACUUCUCCGUGAACGAUCAGCAAGUGAGCUGGAUCGCCAGCCUUUCCCUGCUCGGGGCCCUUUUUGGUGGCAUGUUCGGUGGGCUGGCAAUGCAGUACGGACGGAAGCGUGUCCUCACGCUAAUGUCACUUCCGUUCUCCAUCUCCUGGAUACUGACCAUGUUCGCGAAAUCGGUAGAAACCAUGUUCUUUACCGCGUUUGUCGGUGGGUUUUGUUGUGCGAUUGUCUCAACCGUGGCGCAGGUGUACGUCAGCGAGAUUGCGUCGCCCGACAUUCGAGGGUUCCUCAGUGCCAUCCAGAAAAUUGCCGGACACUUUGGCAUGCUCAUAUCGUAUUUGCUCGGUGCGUACCUUGACUGGCGGCAGUUGGCAAUGCUGAUCGCGAUGGCACCGAUUAUGCUCUUCAUAUCUGUGAUCUACAUACCGGAAACACCGAGCUUCCUAGUCUUAAGAGGUUGUGACGACGAAGCACACCGGUCACUGCAAUGGUUGCGAGGACCGCACAAAAAUGUAGAACUGGAACUGGACACUAUCCGCUCGAAUGUGCGUACCACACGGAUGAACUUGCUCAAUCGUAUCAGUACCUCAAAUGGGACAGUUGGUACCGGCGGUGUGACAGUAGAUGGAGCCACGGGGCAAUCGAUACCGAUCGGCAAUCAUCGCCGAGGACUUCGGUACUACCUCGAGAUGAUCUCCUUCGAGGCGAUUGUUUCGAACGUCAAGUCAGUCCUGCGUAACGCCCGUCUAGUCAAGCCUAUCCUCAUCACGUGCGGGUUGAUGAUUUUCCAACGUUUCACCGGCGCUAGCUCAUUUAAUUUCUACGCCGUCACUAUCUUCCGCAAAACUUUCGCCGGUAUGAACCCCCACGGUGCUGCCAUCGCAGUUGGGUUUGUGCAGUUGCUAGCCUCGAUGCUUUCCGGGCUACUUAUCGACACGGUGGGACGCAUUCCACUGCUGAUCGUCAGCAGUAUCUUUAUGUCGCUCGCUUUGGCCGGUUUUGGAUCCUGCGUCUACUAUGGCGAAACGAGCAAGAUGCUGAUUGCCGAAAGCGGUGUACUGUCGGACGUCAGUAUGGCGUCGGGACAGAACGAUUGGAUACCACUGCUCUGCGUGCUCGUCUUUACCGUGGCCUUUGCAUUGGGGAUAUCGCCUAUUUCCUGGUUGCUCGUCGGUGAACUGUUCCCGUUGGAGUAUCGUGCCGUUGGUAGCUCCAUUGCCACCAGCUUCAGCUACUUCUGCGCCUUUCUCAGUGUUAAAACCUUCGUUGAUUUCCAGAGCUUUCUGGGUCUGCACGGUACAUUUUGGCUGUACGCGUGCAUAUCGUGCGUUGGACUGUUUUUCGUCAUAAUGGUCGUGCCGGAGACCAAAGGCCGCGACCUGGAGGAGAUGGAUCCGCGCUACGUGCGAACGUUAACGAUCAAUCGAUGAGACAUGGGUACCCACGUAGAGUAUUUAGUAUAGUAUUUAAGGGACCGCUUCCUUUCCCAUCUGCGGCACGCUUUGAUGGUCGGAAGGACUACCGUACUCGUGAAAUUCGUGCUCGUACACAGUUCCGGCUGUAGACUGUUCCUCUGUAAAUGUAUAGUUUGAAUCGAGAGCCAACUAAGCUGACAGAUGUGUGCUUUACUAUCUGAUCGAUGCACAAGUAUUAGUAAAGGUAAAGUCAACACCAACCAACAGAAGAAGAAGGAGAAAAAACUCCCCUAAUCAACCCUCAGCCGUUGCAAAAACGGUGAAGCAUUUACUAGCAAACGAUAGAUGGUGUUUUGUAUUUCUGUUCUGAUCACCUCAAAGCGUGUGUUUUGUUGUGCUUUUCCUCAAAGACCAACACCCAAAACAUGUCACUUAACUACUCGAAUUUCUUAACAAUCGAGAGCAUGUGUUCCUAAUAGAUUUUCGUUUGCAUUGUAUUGUGAUCCACUUGCUGCUGUGGAUGCUAGACGAGCUCCAGUAGGUUGAGGAAUAUAGAAAUUAGACAAAAACAAAUCUAUCAACGAUCAAAAUAGUGAAACUCGUCCAGUCAAAACUGUUAUAAAAAUAUGGAGAGUCCUAUCACAAGAAGGAGUGGCCAAUGCGGUCAGAGCAAAACUGAUGUUCCCGGUCAGGAUCGUCUGAGUCCUUGGACGAUAGAGACAGAGAGACAAUAAUUUAUAUCGUAGCAAAAAAGAAAAGAAAAAACAGAGAGAAAUCAAUUAUAAUAAAGUUUAAUAUAGGCAGGGCAGUAGGGUUUGGAACAAACGCAUGCUGGUUUCCAGUUACAGCCCGGUAAGUAAUAAAUAUAUACAGAUCUAUUAUACAUACUUAUAUACAUACAGAAUCAAAAACCAGACUGGCCAGUCGCCGGCUUCGGUCGCAAGAAGUAUUUUUAAAAGCUAGAAAUGGACGAAACAAGGAGGAACAAGAAACAAUAACUUAUACAGAAGUAGCGUAUGCGCUUACUUAUAACCGAUGCUUUGACAGUGCAACGUAGUGGACGACGCCUAGAACGAUGGCGGCUAAAUGUUAGUAAGAGGAAACACGCAAAUAAGCCAUGUGGCUGUUGCGUCUGUUUGUCCUCUACUCUCUAGAAGCAACUACGUAUAUUUGCAUUUUCGUGGCCCCAAUUCCUACUUCAUGCUAGUGUACAUAUACUACGGUGCGUACUUAAUACGCCAUAUAAUGCCGGCAAAGCCGAAUAAGAUUUUAUAAAUCGACAUAUCUUCCAACAUUAGAAAACAUGCACAGGAGAGAAGGAGUUUUUGUUUAAAUUGGCAAUCGAAUUAUAUCGUGUUGGACAAACGUUCGACAUAAUAUUCAUUGGAGCAAGGUGUAAUAAUUUGUUGGUCAAGUUCGACUAGGUUGUUGUGUGGCAUUUUUAAUAAAACAGCAACAAUCGAAUCGAAUAGCGAAUAGCGAUGGCGCAGUUACGUAAAAUACAUCUUAUAGAUUAUUUUCUUUUCUGCUGCUAGACCCGUAAUAUCUAUCUACCUGAUGUUGAGACACUUACACACUGUAAUACGUAUCAGUUCUAGCGUCUGUACGAGUACAGUCAAGUACAACAGGAGUAUAUCAAUUUUCGAUUAGUACAAAGAUGUUAUAUCAGUAAAGGAGCAUUUCUUCCAAGAAUCUCCCCCCCCCCCCCCCAAACCCUUUGUUUAAGGUGUCCUACAUCAAUCACUAGAACAGAUGAUCGAACAAACUGUAGAAGGAAAUCGACCAACACAUAUUCUCGAAUAAUCUCAAAUACUAUAUCGUACAAAAACGAACCUCCUUUUCUCGAGUCUCGUUACCCAUUUCUAGCCUGUUGUUUCCUGUUCUAACGUGGCUCUAUAUCUCUCCCCAACUACUCUUACCUGUUGCACACUUUAAACAGUUGUUUAAAUUUCAUUUCUAAAAACACAAAACUGAUAACAAUUAGUGCAACAUUUUAUAGACAACGUAAGCAAAACGAUACUUAACACAGCGUACAUCGAUCGAACAAACAAAAAACAAAAGGCGACAAGCAAAAAUAGUGCGCCGUACUGGAAAGUCAUGACAAUAAGACAACUUAAAAAAAUCAAA